CCCUUGAAAUAUCACAAGAAUUUAACAUCACAAAAUUCUGAGAUAUAUUUAUAGAUAUAGAACAUAGCUAUGACAAAGAAUGAGAUGCACAUAAUUGGAAUUGUGAUUAUGAUCAUGAUUGUGAUGGAUUUCUCGCAAGCCAAUUACAAUCCUUCAUUUGGGCAAAUUGAGCGAAAUCAUGUGUCUAAUCUAGCUUGUGAGGAUAAAUGUAGACUAAAAUGUGCAUUUUUACUAAUACCUCCAUUUACUCCUGGGUAUCUAAUAUGUCUUUACAAGUGCAUGGCAACAAAUUGCAAAGCCAACCCCAUUGUCCAAGAUUGUAAGAGUGGUUGUGGCUUGACCAAGUCCGUUAGCGUCAACGAUGAUGCUCAUGGAGUUGCGGCCGCCGACGUGGUGGAUUCCUGUUUACCAGAGUGCCAGAAGUAAUGUUUUGUUACAAAAUUUUGAAGAACAUGGUUGUUAGGAUAAAUAAUACUCAUGCAUGAUUAUAAUAAAUAAAUCUUAAUUGUUGAGCAAUAUCUAUUUCUAUUUUUUCGUAAA